AUGGGGGAACACACCCCUCUCCGUCUAGUGCACCAAUUCUUUGUUCACAGCGCCCAUCGCGCCAUCCGACCACGCAGCCGAAGCAACAAGGACCAGAACACCGCCGUGGACACUUUGACCCGACAGGAGGAAAGUGGGCAGGUUCCACACUAUCGCGUGUUUGGCAUGACGGCACGGAUCCUGGUAGAUGCGGCCCGGAUUGCGUUUGCGCGGGAGCCGGAAUUUGCCCAUAAUAGCCAUUUUGGAGACGAGGAGAUGAUCUCGAAACUCCGACGGCUGGGGCGAUUGAGGGACGAGCGUCGGCCGGGAGAGGAAUUGACUCGGGAGAUGAUGGAGAGGGCAGCGAAAUUAAGUUAG